UCAGGCUUAAAUUUUCCAACUAAAAGGUUGGCUUAAAAAAAAAUUUAAAAUUUUUAUAUUUUUGCAAAAAAAAAAUAAUAUCUACAAAAUUCUAAAUUAAAAUGAAUCAAUUAAUCAUAAAUUCAACUCCAAAUUGCAAUCGUGUAUUUUUGCUAAAAAAUCUAGUCAAGAAUUUUAUAGCUAGCAAUCGUUAUGCAAGCGGAUGUUUUGAAGAUAAAACAAAAUGUCCAAAAGGAAAAAUUAUGAAUACUUCCUGUGAUGACAAUAAACAUGAAAUGCCACCACGAAAGGCCCCCAAAAAGGAAGAAUUCAAAUCUAUGUGGGAAAAUCCAAAAUGUGAACCUUCUGCUGCUACAUGUCCUCAAAUUGGUUUUGAUGCCUUGUAUUACAAGCCUUCCGAUAAAGCAAAGCGUGAAUAUCAACAGACUUGGAUUGAGUGCCCGGCACGUCUUGUCAAGCCAGUUAUAACAUGUGAAUUCCCUAAGGAUCAGUAUCCUCCUCUUGAGCGCAGAGCAAGAAAGGAAAGACCAGACACUGCAAAAUGCAUGGACACAAGCAAGUUAGAAUUGGCACCCUGUUCGAGACAAAAGGAUUUAAAACAAAAUAAGAACUGUGUCAAGAUCAAACUUCCAGGAUGUCGUGGUGUUCGUUCGGAUAUUAGGUGUAAAUUAGUUCGAGAGCCAGCCAACUGCCAGAUUGUUCGAAGUCCUUAUCCAAGCUACUCGGAGUGCACUCAUCCCAAAAUAAAACCUAAACGUGUGGGCGAGUGUGAGUGUAUGAAGAUUCGUUCGAUGUGUGAAGUUUGGACAGUCUUGAGACAAAAGGCUAUUCUAUAAAUUAAUUGGAACAUUUCUUGAUGAAUUUUUUUAUUAUUAGAAAAAAAGAACUAAAUAAACUGCAAUAAAGAUAAAAAAUAAGAAA